CCUCUUCCUCUGCACGACGUCGCUCGGUCACACUCUGCAACAUGACACUGAAGGUCUUCUUCGUCGCAGCAGCUGUGCUCUGCCUCGCCCAGGCGGCCCCGCAGAGAUACGAUACCCUGGGCGUCCUGCAGCCCGAGACACCUCGUGACCUGGGUGCCUACGAGAACAUCGUCGGCGCCACCAUCGACGUGCUGCCGGAAAUCGUCGAGGUCUUCCGCAAGGUCUCCCAGAACCGCGACAGGGCCAACGACCCCGAGAGCGUCCAGCAGAUCAUGCUGGACUUCAUGCCCAUCACCAGGAAGGUCAUGGAGGCCACAGCGAAGGCGGAGGGCAACAACAUCUCGCAGGACACGUACCAGCGCUUCAACGCCGCCGAGAAGGUCAUGCCUCACGUGGUCACCUUCAUGAACCAGCUGCGGGAGAUGGACUUCUUCGGAGUGUCCACGACCCCGACUUCGCCUGCAUAUGGGUAUGCCCAGCACUGAAGCCUUCUGCUUGCCUUCAAACAGGCGUUCAAGCAGUUCCUCUAAUCAAGCCUUAAUCAGUAGUUUAUAUCCACUGAUACCCUCUUCCCUUGUGCUUUCCCCAAUUUCAUAUGUUCAUAUGUAUAGUCUUUUUUUCUUGUUUAUCAGACUGAGAAGCUCUUUGCUGUGUGGAUUCUUUCAGUUAAUUCGAACUAGUUGAAAUGUAAAGUAAAAAUGUACAGUGCUGGACAAAUGCAACUACCGUACCUUGAUGCUGCCACAACAAUAAGUAGGUGUGAUCUGCAAAAUGUUGAAUUAUCCCCACC